CUGCCUGUAUGCAUGACUAGUGACUGCCGCUGCCUGUAGUCUGCAUUUAACAUCUGAUACACUAAAAUACAUAAUAAAUUUAUUAUAAAUCGUGACUGUGAGUCCAUGAGUUGAUUAAUUAGUGGUUAUGCUGUCAGUGAUCGUGUUCUUGCACUUAGUAGAAACAGUAUAAAAUAAUUAAUUGUUGUGUUAAUAUCAAAGUUAGGUUAGUUUUAUUUGGAAUUAGAAUUAAAAUUGUUUAUUGAACAUUUAGCUUAAGAUAUUCUUCGAAAUGAGUUGGGCAGAAAUGAGAGACAAACUUCGUGUAUGGAGGGAAGAAAAUGUGAGGCAGAGUAGUGAUCUUAUCACAAUGUGGGACACUGUGCUACAGGAUAAAAUGCAUAAACUCGGGGAUGAGCAGUACGUAGUGUACGAGCAAGUAUUCAUUGCUGCCCUGGAUUGUAACAGAAUCGAUGUUGCCAACGAGUGUCUGCACGCUCUAACUGCAGAGUUUCCAGAUAGUUUGCGGAUUUACAAACUACAAGUCAUGAAACUUGAAGCUCAAGAGAGGUAUGAAGAGGCCUUAGAACUGCUACAAAACAUCAUCAAGAAGGACAAAACAAAUGCAGCCCCGAGGAAACGACGGGUUGCAAUUUUGAAGGCUUGUGGUAAAAUACCUGAGGCUAUCAAGGAACUCUCAGAAUACCUGAAAAAAUUCAUGGUGGACCAGGAGGCGUGGCAGGAACUGUGCGAGUUGUACUUGAGCGAGCAGGACUAUGCCAGGGCAGCAUUCUGUAUGGAGGAGCUGAUCCUGCAUAACCCUCACAGUCACCUGCUGCACCAGCGACUGGCAGAGAUCAAGUACACACAGGGGGGGUUCGAGAACUUGGAAAUGGCUCGCUCACACUAUUGCAUUGGCCAUAAGCUGAACCCCAACAACAUGAGAGCCCUGUACGGUCUCUUUCUGUGUGCAACCAACAUUGCUAUGUCACCUAAGACUACAUCAGCCAAGAAGAAAGAAGCAAACAAAUUUGGCUACGUUUGCAAUGAAAACAGGUCACAGACAG